CCAUGGCUUGUUGCUUAAGUUGUUUGGAGUAUAUCUCAUCAUUGCCUGCUAUUUCACGUAAUAGCCAGGAGAGUCAUCAUUGGAUAAAAUUUCACAUAAACCACCAGCAUUUGGGAGAUUCUUGCUUGCAGUUUAUCUGUUGAAAUUCGGCGUAGGUUCCUAAGGUUCUUUAUUGAAACUAUAAAUCCUCAUACUAGCUAUGAACAUUCAUACUUGUAGACUCAUGUAUUCGACCUUAUGCCACACUUCAGUUGUCAGGGUUGGUCCUACUAAGCAGCUACUCGAACUGAAUAAUGUGUGCAACUAGAGUGCUUUGGACACCUAGUUUCUGCAUGUGUUGUGACUUGUAUUUACAAAAGUAUCGACAGGCCUUUAAAUACUUAAUACCAGUUCAGUGGACGUCUAUGUAAUUUUCAGUAGCGAUGCAAUAUUUUGUCAGAAAAAAAGUUCAUUUAACAUGCUGCUCGUCCGAGGUAGUGUGUUUUCCGUCUAAAGGAUGCUCGCUAGAAUUAAUGCUCUUUCAACAAACUUCUUAAUCGUUUCAGAUAACAAUAUAGAGCUUUUCCUCCAUAAUUCAGAUUUUAUCACCGGAAAGGAAAUGUGGAUGUAAGGGAAUCCGGAGUUGUGCAAUAUGUGACAGUGAAAACGUUCACAAAAAUGAAGGACGACAGCUUUACGAGUUCACAUUUUGUCCUUUUUGCGAUAUGGCAGUCGUUGAAACAAACACCAUGUCAAAAGAGUUUCAUGUCCAUCAAGGUGGUUUUCCUUUCCUAAACAUCGAGGUUAUUCGAAAUUUUGUUGACGAAAAUGAAGAAACAAUGUUGGUCGAGGAGAUCGACAAACAAACAUGGGUUUUAUCUCAAUCCGGGAGGAGAAAACAGGAUUAUGGACCAAAAGUGAAUUUCAAACGACAGAAGGUGCAGAUCGGAGGAUUUGAUGGUCUGCCAGCAUAUUCUAGGUUCCUCAUAACACGUUACAAUGAUUUGAUUAAAGAAAGCAAAUCUCUUCGCCCUGAAUUUCUCCCAGUGGAGUUGUGCAACCUGGAGUACAAAUCAGAUCGUGGAGCUUGUAUUGUACCGCACUAUGAUGAUUCAUGGUUGUGGGGUGAUCGAUUGGUGACUGUCAAUUUGAGUGGUGCCACUUAUUUAACUUUCACAUUACCGACAGCUGACGUGGUGGAUGGCAUAAACCACGAAUUUCAACGUGUUCAAUCGUGUGUGCCGAAUGUUUCUCGGGGCUCAUUUUGCGUACGUGUGCUGCUGGACAGACGUUCCCUUGUGGUUGUUAGUGGACCUGCACGAUAUAUAUGGCAACAUGAAAUUAGGCGUUCAGAUAUACCUAUCCGACGUAUUGCUAUGACAUUUCGUGAAUUGAGUAGUACAUUUUCCCCCGAAUCAGGUAAUAUAACAGACGAACAAAAAUUCGGUAAGAAACUCUUGGAAAUCGCUUCCACAUACGCUCAUAUGUGAAAUAAAAAGAUGAAAUAUACAACUGUGUUAAUAACAGCUAACAAAUAUAAACCCUUAACGUUUUUCAGUAAACUUAAACUUGACAAGCUACACUCACAAAAUCGUUCUAUUGAAGAAACGCACCAAUAGUGAUGAGGUUGUUUGAUACGAAUGGUAAAACAUCCAAUAAACUAUAUAAUCUCUGUUCCUCAUAACACUCAACUCUUUCGGUUACAGGAUCUUCAAGCUCCUAUAAAUUCUUUUAAGUUAUGUUCAGUAAUAUUAUACUUAACAGGAAAGUGAUUCUUGAUAAACUCCAUACAAUGAAGCCCAAAUGAUAAGUGAACCAGUAUAAUAUGAGUUAAUGUUAUUUCAUGCUUUCUCUUCAGUUGCCUACAAUCGUAUUCGUAUCAAAGUGUAACAUUGAGAUAUAAUAAUAACAAUACAAAAUUAUAGAUAUUGGCAACGGAAUAGAAAAAUGGUCUACAGUUAUUUAAAAAAUUCUAUACGUGAAAAUACGCGGUCACAUUAAUUCAUUAAGAAGUGUGUCAAAACAUAUGGAUUUUUUUAAAUAUGAUACAACAUAGAAGAAAGCUUGCUUUGUACAUCUUCGUUUUAAUAAAGAUGAAUUUACUGAAACAAUUAUUGACAAAAUAAAUGGCACAAUAAAGAUCGCUCAUUCAGUAGCAAGGUUAGUCAACUGAUAUGAAGUAAACUGCUCCCUUAAAAAAAAAGUCGACAAGUCCUCUUCUCUCAGUACCUCCAACUACAUUUAUAU